AUAGAAAGCGAUGCCGUCGCCACGAGCUGUCCAAGGCCCCGGGUGUAGAGGGGGCGGGUACGGCAGCCGACAGGUGUAGCGGCGCGUGCAGGAGAUGCGUCGGCGAGGGGCUUCGAGUUCUCUGGGCUUCGUCGACUCCGUGUGCGAAGAGUUGUUUGCUCUGCGGGCUCCCGAGAAUCAUGAGAGGUCGGAACAAGCUGCUGGUCGAUGCGUGCUGCCUAGCCAUAAGCGGCAGCCUCUCCGAUGGUUGCGUGCACCGACGGUUUCCGCGAGGAUUCCGCCAGGUUGCAGACAAGGGCCGCGGAAGGUACCGAGCGAAACGGGGCGGCCGAGGUGCCGAGAUCGCCCCCUUUUCCUUCGAGGCAAGCCUAGGUCGUCUUUCGAAGAAUAGGGUUGGAUUCCCCUCCACUUCAUCGAGUGUCACAAAGCCGCUUUUCCCUCUCGCUCGCUACGCCAGGAGACCGAUCCUCCAGCCACAACAUAACCGUGAGAUUGCAUGUCGAAGCGGUGCGCGCGCUAGACUGGCAUGCCCCGGAUCACCAAUCAACAGCACAGAUACCUGGAAGAAACACCAAGGCGCGAGAAGACCGUCGAGGCAUUUGAGGACGGGUGUAUGAGAGGGAGAUUGUGCGGCCCCUGUCGAUGCCUCCCACGAACAGCGCUUUGCCCGAGGACCAGGAGCUCCAGCAAUACGUCAGAUUUCCGAACCUUCAGAGGACCACACCGCUCCUGGAU